GAUUGUCAUUUUUUGCUGAACUUUUGAAAGAUGAAGACCAAAUUCACCAAGAAGACUGUUUUGAAGUUUUUUGGGAUACUGUUUGCAAUCCUACUACUUUCAGUUUUAAUUUUGUUUUCGGUUGUGAUCGGUAGAACAUUUACUUUUAAAGUGAACAGAGAGCUUGGUCAAUGGGAAAAUACAAGCACCAUUUAUCCCUAUUUAAGUCCAGAACAAAAAGAGAAGCUACUGGACAACUUUAAAGUGGCAGUUCAGAUUCCUACAGUGUCCUUUUCAGAGUCUGAUCAGAACAUAACUGCCCUGCAAGAGUUUGACCUGCUGUUGAGGAGAGUUUUCCCGAAGGUCUUCUCCUCCAGUCUGGUCAGACAUGAAGUGGUGGGAAACUACAGUCAUCUGUUCACAGUAGCGGGAGCAGAUGCAGGCCUGGAGCCCUACAUGCUCCUGGCUCACAUUGAUGUAGUGCCGGCUAAUGAGGCGGAUGGAUGGGACGCUCCUCCUUUCUCUGCACAGGAGAUCGAUGGAUUCAUUUACGGACGAGGAACCAUCGAUAAUAAACAGUCUGUGAUGGGGAUCCUUCAGGCGCUGGAAUACCUGCUGGAAAGAGGCUACACUCCUCGCAGGACUUUCUACAUUGGCUUGGGUCACGAUGAGGAAAUCAAUGGUGAAGAAGGUGCAGUGAAGAUUGUGAAUCUGUUGAAGAGUCGUGGAGUGAAGCUUCUUUACGUUUUAGAUGAAGGUCUCACAAUUAUGGAUGGUGUAGUUGAUGGCCUGAAUGAACCUGCUGCAUUAAUUGGUGUAAGUGAGAAGGGUCAGACCACUGUAAAGCUGAGUGUCAGCACUCCUCCAGGACAUUCAUCCAUGCCACCCAGAGAGAGCAGCAUUGGCAUCCUGGCAUCAGCUGUUGCAAGGUUGGAGAAAAAUAGGAUGCCUAAUCUUUUUGGUCAUGGUCCUGAGCGUGCCACAUUUGAGCACCUGGCACAUAAGUUUGGGUGGUCGUAUAGAAUGAUCAUGUCAAAUCUGUGGCUCUUCUCUUCUCUGCUCAGCAGUGUUUUGGAAGGACAGCCUGACACAAAUGCCUUUGUGAGAACAACGACUGCAGUCACCAUGUUCAACUCUGGUGUAAAGAUUAAUGUGAUGCCGGCAUAUGCUGAGGCCUUUGUCAAUUUCCGCAUCCACUCAUCACAGACAGUGCAGGAGGUUCUCAACCUGAUUGAAUCCACUGUAUCUGACAAGCGGGUGAAAGUGGAGUUCAUCAAUGGAUUUGACCCUCUGCCAAUCAGCUCCUAUGAGGACGACACAUUCGGCUACCAGAUCAUCAAGAAAAGCGUCCAGGACAUCUUCCCUCAGGUCACUGUAACUCCAGGCAUCUGUGUGGCCAACACUGACAGCCGGCACUACACUCAACUGUCUCCGGACAUCUAUCGCUUUGCUCCUUCAUGGUACAAACCUGGAGAUUCUGCAAGAUUCCAUGGAGUGAACGAGAGAAUCUCCAUUCAGAACUAUGAAGAGAUCGUGCUGUUUUACUUCCAGCUCAUGCAGAACAGUGAUGUCAGGAAUCUGCCGACACUUCGCUCCUAAAAUGUUACGUUUGUAUGCUUUGGUUCUGACUAAAUAAAGUGGUUUGUAGACUACAGUUCAAA